UGUGCAUUCAGUCAGUCACUCAACGAAGAAGAGGUGCCACCAGAGCGUGUGUCAAGAAAUUCACCAUCAAGAGCAGAAAAGGCAACUGUGGAUUUAAAAUCAUGGACGAGCAGCAAUCAUCUCCUGCCAAUACGGAGAACACCAGCCAGAGAAAUGGAGAUGAGAAGACAAGACGUUCCAACUGGAGUAAAGGCAGGAAAAGAAAGAAGCCUAUGAAGGACAGGAAUGCACCCAAAGCACCGUUGACAGGCUACGUUCGCUUCAUGAACGACCGGCGCGAGCAGCUGAGGGCCGAGCGUCCAGACGUGCCCUUCCCGGAGAUCACCAGGAUGCUGGGUAACGAAUGGAGCAAGCUUCCUACAGAGGAGAAGCAGCGAUACCUAGACGAGGCAGACCGCGACAAGGAGCGCUACAUGCGGGAGCUGGAGAAGUACCAGAAAACGGAGGCGUACAAACAUUUUACCAGGAAGGUCCAGGAGAAGCAGAAGGGCAAGAGACACAGAGAUGUCGGUAACCAGGCGGCCAGCGAGGCUCUGCACGAGAAGGAUGCAGAAGGGAAGGACAGAACAGUGUUUGAUAUCCCCAUAUUUACAGAGGAGUUCCUUAACCACAGCAAAGCUCGAGAGGCUGAGAUGCGGCAGCUACGCAAGACCAAUAUGGAAUAUGAGGAACGCAACGCGGCACUACAGAAGCACGUGGAGAGCAUGCGUGGCGCCGUGGAGCGUCUCGAGGGUGAUGUGAUGCAAGAGAGGGGGCGUAACAGCCUGCUCCACCAGCACCUAGACACCUUGCGACAGGCGCUCGCUGCCAGCUUCGCCUCUGUGCCUCUGCCAGGCAGUGGAGAGAUGCCUACCCUGGAUUCCAUUGACUCAUACAUGAAGAAACUGCACAGCAUCAUCAUGAGCAACCCGCAAGAACACGAAAGCCUCAUCAACACUGUGAGAGAACUGGUCAAUCGUCUGGACAGAUAAUUGCUGCUCUACCAAGUCAGAAAUACGGCAGCAUCCGCACAUUCAUAAAUUUGCAUAAGUGAUGAUGAUGAUGUAGCUCCUCAUUUUUAUUUUUCUCCUUUUUUAAACCAACACUUAAUAACUUUCAGUUUUGGUGAUUUUGGCGAAACCAGUAGACAAAAGCGUGUUUUGCUUAACAACAUUCUUCAUUUCCCAUGAGGACCUGCACAAGUCUUGUAAAGUCCUGAUCUCCUAGUCGCCCGCAGUCGGACUGAACUACAUUUGUGCUUCCAGUGGUUGUCUGAAGGAUCAAUAGCAAUGAGGUAAAGGAAUCUAAUUGUGGCAAAACAGUUUCAUAAUGCAAUGCAACGAUCGGAGAAAAGUUGGAAGUGACGUAUGCUGUAAAGCAGGCAGCACUUUUGUAGUUUUUUUCUUUUUGGCAGGGUUCUUACUACCCUCCUCGAAGACGAUGAAAGCGAUACAGACCCUCUCAGGCCGUGACAGAGAUAUCAUAAACAACUUGUAAGUCGAUGUUUAAUCUCAAAAGCUAAGAAUGUUUAAUGAAAGUUGAAAGGUUAUUAAGUGUUGCUUUAAUAUUUUUUAAAUGUGUUAUUUCAUGGAUCGAGUAACAGUUUUGUCAGUGAAACACUCAAAUGUCGUGGGACAAUAACCAACUUCCAACAAAUGUUUCCAAGGGGGGAAAGUGUGUUUGUAUUACUUAAAAAAAAAAAAAUUAAAAAAAAAAAGGAAUAAUUGUCUCCUGAGGGAUUUAUAUUUUGUAAUGCUUUGUCGACAAAUGUGCCAUUUAUUUUCUGUGUGUUUGUACAAAAGUGGUUGUGUUUUCAAUAAACUUAAAAAAUGCAGAAAUA